GAACCCACCCCCCAAACGACGGACGACCCAACGAACCCACCCCUCGGAACGAACGACGACCCAACGAACUCACGAACGAACAACGACCCUCUCGACACAACGAACACCGACCCUCUCGACCAAAUCGAUCCCAGCGACCAACUACACCCACUCGAAUCCCACGAACCCAAUCGCAUUAAAGAGGUAUUUUUUUCAAAUUUUUAUUUUAAUUUAUCUUUAAAGUGUGACCUAAUUUGUGGAUGAAUAUGUGGUUAAUUUUGAGUUAGUAUGUGUUUUUGUGAUAAAUUGUGCAAGAAAAAUGUAGGAAAAAUAUGGGUUUCGUGCUGAUUGAUCUGUUCAUGUGUUUUUGUGUUUUUGCGACUUUGUGCGAUUUAUGUGCGAUCUUGUGCGAUUAAGUUGUAGACUUUCUGUGUUGGGUAUGUUAAGCGAUAUUAUGCGAUGUUGUGCGAUUUUGAGCGAUUUAUAGAAUGUGGUCAAGGUUUUGAAUUUUUAGCGACAUUAUGCGAUUUAUUUGCGACUUAUUGUGCGAUUUUACUGACAUCAGAAAUUUCCAAGUGUUACCCACACGACCCACACGAGACCCACUCCGAGGAGAAAUCGUCCCAAGCACAAUCCACGAACCAGGUAUGGGCUAAACUUAACUUUUUUUUUUGCAAUUUAUCAUAUACAUUGUGCAUCUGUGAUAUAACUGAAAUGUAUUUGUUUAAAUUUAUCAAUUUUAGAGUUUGGGGAAGAAACUGAGUUUAGGGAGAUAGAUUUUGGGGUUUUUUUUUAUUUUGUGCGAUUUCUGUGCGAUUAUGUGCGAUUUCAAAGCGACAUGUAGGAAGAACUUUUAUCAAUUCUGGAAAAAAUUAAAAAAUAGCGACGUUUCACGAUUAAGUUAGCGACAUAUAGCGACAUUAAUGUAACUUUUAUUUAUUCAGUGAAAAGUCGAUAUUUAGCGACGUUUAACGAUUACAUUUGCGACUCAAAGCGAAGUGUAGCCUUGCAAUAUUUGCAUAGAGAUCCAGGCUUCACCUGUUUACCAUUUAAAUAACCUAACUUGCAGCGACGGCAGCCUUCGGGGAACCCUGGUGGUGGAGCCGGCCAUACACCUGUUUUGUUAAAUUUUUUUUCAAGUUUUAGAAACCUCCACUCGUUCAUAAGCCGUUCAUUUUCAAAACGUUUCAUGUCGUCAAGCACUUUUUGCAUUUGAGGCGUAAUUUCCCCACAAUCAGGCUCCUGCUUGAUCUCUUCAGGAGUAAGAAUCGGAUAUUUGCCCUUGUUCCUUCUAGUAGACAUUGCUAAGAGAAUUAUCUUAAGAGGAAAAAAAUUAAGAAAAUAUGUGUAACUUAUGAGAUAGACAAUUGGCUUUUAUAGAGAAAACUAGUAGUUGGGAAGGUGGGAUAAUAAAUGUAAAAAUUGAAUUACACAAUUGUACACAUGUUUGUCAUGCAAAAAGCAAUCUGGGCAAUUUUCGCGACAUGUCGCGAUUUAUGUGCGACAUGUUAGCGACAUAAUCAAGUAGUUGGUUAGGCGGGAUAAUAAAUGUCACAUUAAUUACCAUUUAAUGUGGAAACGUCUUUUGUGCGAUUUUUGUCGAUUUCUUGUGCGACUUUGUGCGAUUUUAUAGCUAUUGUGUUUGCAAUUUUUAUAUUUGUGCGAUUUUUAGCGAUUCCUUGUGCGAUGGUGUGCGAUUUAUAUUCAAAUAUGUUGCCAACCAGGAUUAUUUCUGGUGUGCGAUUAAUGUGCGAUUUAUGUGCGAGUUUGUGCGAUGUUGUAUGUCAUUCAUUGGCUGUUAUGCGAUUUCUAUGCGAUUUCUAUGCGAUUAAUAAUCUUCCUGUUUGUAUUUGCAGAUGGCUCCAGAACUCAUUCUCCCCUUGGCUGAGCAUUUUCCUGGGCGUAUCACUUACCGAGGAAAUGGGUACUUUGCUUCUAUUAAAGCAAAGUUUGAAGCCUUUAACCUGACCGAGAGGGUGAAGGAAACUCCUUUUGGAGUUUUUUGGAAUGCGAAUGAACUGAAAUUCUCCGGGGUGAUUGUGCAUCAACUACUGUUGAGGAAAAUGAAAGUGAGUGAGGUAAAGAAUGAUGAAGUGUGGUUUUACGUGGGUAAAACCGAGGCCAGAUUUGGAAGAUCUGAGUUUGGAUUGAUUACGGGACUGAAGAUGAGCGGUGGCCCCUCGACUGAAGAAUUGAAUACACUAUGUGAGUCUGAUCGGAUAUUGCGGGACUACCUCAAUAAUGCCAAACGGGUCACUUUCAAAACCCUUUGGCUAGCUUUUGAGGCGUGCGAUGUGGCCGACGACGUGUACAAGCUGGGGCUGUGUGCAUUUGUUGAAGGAGUGCUUCUAUCUAGGGCUGAGGGUGUUUAUAUAUGGUCGGAUAUGCUGAAGUUAGUAGAAAACGAGGAGAAGUUCUUCGAAUAUCCGUGGGGCCUUCUUUCAUAUCAGAAGUUGUUGUCAUCCACAGCCAAAAGUAUGACUGACCUGAGGAAGAACUACCUUGAUAAAUCUACUAAGGAUAAGAAGAAAGGGAAGAAGGAGAAAAAAAUUACUCAACCAGAGGCGAAGUACAAUGUCUACGGAUAUGCACCGGCGCUACAAUACUGGGCCUUUGAGGUGAUGCAGGAUUUGGGGAAGAAGUACGGGCAGUGCAGAGGGACUAGAUUCCCUCGAAUGUUGAAUUGGAGCACCCCCAACACAGUUACGAAACAUGAUGUCAAGCAACCUGAUGUCGCUACCCUAUUCGAGAAAAGGAUGGUUGUUCUUCAAAUUCUGUAUCCUAGGAAUUGGGAGGUGGACUAUUGGAAGAGCAAUUGUGAGGGUGAGGUCCCCACGGUGGAAAUGGGGUUGGAUGAGGUCGAAGAAACGCAAGUCGGGGCGCAAGAUUCGACCGCAUUCCAGACCCAAGCCGAACGGGUGGCGGAUUAUGUGAAAAAGUCCAAAAUUAUUCCACCAUCCCCACCCAAAGAAGCACCAGACGCCUCCACAUCUGCCACCGUGCCCCCAACGCCUGCCACUGUGCCCCCAAGCUCUGCUCCAGCCAAUGACUCCAACUACCUCUUGUUGGCUAAGAGGUUGGAGAAGGUAGAAGCGCAACAAGUUGCGAUUCUGACUGCGCGGGCGAGAUGA